CCUUACCUCCCCGUCCCCCUCACCCUCGUCACAACACUGGGAUGGCGGCCAGCAGUGAGGAGAAAGGGCUGCUCGGGGCGGCCACCAGACCUCAUAGACGAUACGGGAGUACUGCAGUCAACAUGAAGAAGCCGGAGAACGUGAUCAAGCACCGUGUCUCGAAGCAAGACACUAUACAAGGCAUCGCCCUUAGAUAUGGUGUUACGGUGGAGACAAUUAAGCAGCACAACAAAUUAUGGACAGUGGAAGCAAUGUUUCUUCACGACUUCCUGGAGGUGCCUGUCAGUCGAGAUAUGUAUGAAGUGGUCACUAGUUCCUGCAACUCCUCAUCAAAUCACAUAGAUGCCUCUGACAGCUCUGAGGUGAGCUGUUCUCCCAGCAGCACACCUAAGGUAUGCCACUCACCAUCCACUUCCAGUGGCCUUCUUGACUGCUCAGAAACAAGUCCUAAUGACUUUCUCUCCAAGAUAGAUUCAAAUAUUGCACUUAUGAAGUCCAAUAUUGAAAGAAUGGAGACUCAUGCAUAUCCUAUGGUUGACAGAAUGGAGGUGGAUGACUCACGGUGUAACAACAGUGGACAGCGUUGUAACUCCACAGGGCGGGAAAACCUGUAUCAGAAUGGCUGGCAUGACCCCAUGGCCACACCGCACACCAUCGUUAACCCAGGACGCACCAUAACAAUGUCUCUCAAAAGAUUACUACGUGAACAUGAGGAGCUUUAUGAGUUAUAGCAAUAUCAUACCUGACGCUAAUUUAUAAGGUCACCUACAUGGACACAAAUAUGUAAGUAUGAGAAGUUCAACAUGCUUGAGGAAAGUUAUUUCUGUAAAGUUCAUUUAAGGGAUAGUUUUUGUAUCACUAUUUAUUUGAGGUAGAAAUUUUUCAGCAUGAGUUGUAAGGUUUACAGCAGUGUGACAUGUUUGCCAAAGUGUUGUAUAUGGGACUUGUCCUUUUAUGAAUGAUUGUGUUGUAAGGGACCCAGUACAGUGCAUGUCUUUCACCUAUUACAUGAAGCACUUGUGUUGCUUUGUAACAGUAUUUGGGAGUUAUAGAAAACCAAAAGUGUGUUUUUUUUUCUUAUUGACUGUAUAGUAGAAAUAUGCAAAACUCUAAGUAAGGAAGUCUUUAUGCCUUAUUCUGUAUUUAUUUUAAGGGGAUGGAUUUCAAUAUAGGUCAUGUUGUAUUAGUUUGUGAACAGUUAUUUCUUAUUUAGCUGCCGAUCUUGUGAACUACUGUAUAUUCUUGAUAUCUUCUCAAAACAUAUUUUUAAUGAUGAACAUAUUACAAAUCUCAAAGAUGUAUGAGGUUAGGGCAGUGAUACAGGAUCAGAUUAUGUACCUAUAUAAUGUUAAUGUACAGUAUGUGAAAUGUAUAUGGGACUAACAUGUAUUUAUGCUUUGUGUUAUACGUUCUAAAGAAAUUGGUUUCCUGAACAUAGAAGUAAAAUGAAUAUAGUAAAUAUAAUAUAUAUUUUGUUGCUGCUAUUAAUAUUAUUACAUAUUAUUAUUAUUAUUAUUAUUAUUAUUAUUAUUAUUAUUAUUAUUAUUAUUAUUAGGUAUUUAUCUUCUUUCAUAUCACAUUCCAUUAGAUAAGAGUAGUAACCUUUAAAGUGCUGUGUUGCAAUAGAGUUGUGUGCAACAUAGCUAUUUUUAUAGGGUUUUGGAGAUUAUUUGCUCUAACUUUAAACUAGUUUGCUGGUGUGUAAUUUUAGAAGAGUUUAAGAUGCACAACUAUUAAUGUUAUUGUUAUUAUUAUUAUUAUUAUUAUUAUUAUUAUUAUUAUUAUUAUUAUUAUUAUUAUUAUUAUUAUUAUUUCUAUUGUCAUUAUUAUUUUCAUUGUUACUAUCAGUGUCAUCAUCUUACAAAGAGCAAUACAGAGGAGGGGAGGAGCUUUUCCCUUACACUCUCCUCUUCUGUUCCCUCUUGUGACCUACAGAACAUGCAGAGGACACGCUCUCUGCACCCUUUGCCACGGGGCACAGGGUCUCUUUCAUUAUCCAGCCAGGCCAACAGUACCAUGUAGCUGUAGUUCACAUUGUGGUGGGUGACAUCACAACAUCUCUAUGGCUAAAGGCUCAGAAGAUAAGAUGGAUGUUGUUUUAGUGUUAGGGAAUGUAUCAGUGUGUGUGUGUGUGUGUGUGUGUGUGUGUGUGUGUGUGUGUGUGUGUGUGUGUGUGUGUGUGUGUCCUGAGAGACUAGAAAUUAUCUUUGCCACUUCCUGUAGGGUAAACAGGGUGAAGUAUGAAGAAAUGUUGCUAUUAUUAUUAUUAUUAUUAUUAUUAUUAUUAUUAUUAUUAUUAUUUAUUAUUACUUUGUAUUGGUAUGAAGCCCAGUUACAUGUUUAAUGGCUGUAUUGAAGGAAGAUUGCCUUUGUAUUUCUCAUAUUGUGCAAGGUGACUGCAAGUGAUAGAUGUGAAGAGACUGAUACCAUCCUUCUCUUUGUAUUGUAAUAAGGCAUGACGUCUUGUACACUCCUCUUCAAGAUAAAUCUGACCAUGGUAUAGACAGAUGAUUAAUUAUUAUUAUUGUUAUUAUUAUUAUUAUUAUUAUUAUUAUUAUUAUUAUUAUUAUUAUUAUUAUUAUUAUUAUUGGUUUUAUUGUUACUCUUGUUGAAGGGGAUGUCAGACUGGUAUAUAGAUAUAGAUAAUUGUAUUUAUUAUUAUUAUUAUUAUUAUUAUUAUUAUUAUUAUUAUUAUUAUUAUCAUUAUUAUUAUUAUUAUUAUUAUUAUUAUUAUUAUUAUUAUUAUUAUUAUUGGUUUUAUUGUUACUCUUGUUACAGGGGAUGUCAGACUGGUAUCUAGAUAUAAAUAAUUGUAUUUAUUAUUGUUAUUACUAGUAUUUUUAUUAUUAUUAUUAUUAUUACUAUUAUUAUUAUUAUUAUUAUCAUUAUCAUUAUCAUUAUCAUUAUCAUUAUUAUUAUUAUUACUGAAAUUACCUCUUCACUUUGUGAUUAUACAUUUUGUACUGUUAUUAUUUUUAUUGCCGUUUAUUGUGCUUGGUUACUCUUAAGUUCCAAUGCAUAAUACUAUUUUGCCGUGCAGUUCACUUCUUUGAGUUUGUAGCACACAUUUGCAGUCUUUGCAUCUUCAACCAAGGUUUAUUACUUUCACUUAAUGAGUUUUUUUUAUAUAAUGCUUCUAGGAAUACAUAUUUAUUUGAGAAGUCUUGCCAUAAUCAAUUAGAUACUCGUAUUAUUAUUUAUACAUUGUAUAAUGUUAAGUGCGAAAAACAACAUAUCCUUCAAGUA